AUGUAUAAAUGGGAAGACGGUUGAAUCAUAAUUUAGAGAGACUCAGGAUUUCAUGGUUUAAUUUGUUGCUUGAGGAUGGCUUUAGUUUAUGUGUUUCGUUUCGUCCAGCUUUUUCACUUUGUGCUUGUUCUUUCAGCUGGGUAUGGAUAUGGGAAGCACGACGACAAGUGUCCUCCAUCGUUUGAUUGUGGAAAUCUUGGGAGCCUCCGCUUCCCUUUCACCAAGCAUGAACAGACGCACUGUGGCCUCUUCGCAGUACGUGGCUGUGAUGGUCCAUCUUUGAAUAAAACGAUUCAACUGCAAAAGAAUGGAAGAACAUUACAGCUUACUAAUGUUGUUCAGCAGGAGAAACUCAUCAUCACAGUUUUUGACCCAGAUCGUCAUAGAACCUGCGAUGUAGCUUCCAACUGUAACAUGCUUUUUCCUCAAAAUUCUCCCUUGGCUUCCUUUCGUUUUGAACACAACGUCGAAAGCCUGUUCAGAUGCAAACAUGACCUUCACUUUAGACCCCCCCCUUGGGUUUGAUCAAUCAUGCCUGUCCUGACU